AUGGAAGUGGACCGAAUCGGUGUACCUUUAUCGUACGCCGUGUCGAAGUUAUCGCUUCCUCCGUCGCGGUGGACUGAUAACGAUGAAGAGUGCGACAUCUCUGACCUGCAUGGUGACAUAUGUGGGCUAUAUCUGAGCACAUCGGUGGUGUUUUGUUGCCCGUCUUCGCCGUCGUCGGUUACCAUAGGAUCGAAGCUUUUCCAGCAGCACAAGGUGAGCUUCAUCCUCAAAUGCCUGAUUCAUACAGCUACGUAUACAUGCGCGGUAUAA